AUGAAUAUGUUGGAUGAUGAAGAUGACCAAAGCUUUCACGCUACGCGUGACGGCUACUCCCAUUUGAGCGAUGUCGAAUGGGAUGCGGUUGAAUGGAUGGGUUCAAACAUGGGCAUCCAUGCUGUUAGCGUCAUGCUAGAGGCUCUCAAUAGAGAUGCCCAACAUGCUACUAUCGCCAAGUUCAUUCAAAAUGAACUUGACGCAGAACGCAAGAAAGUAGCCUUGCUUCACCAACAAGGUUCUCAACAAUCAGAGCUGUUGAGAGAACAGGGUGCUCAACAGUUUGAACUGUUGAGACAGCAGCAGGCUGCUGCUGGCGGGUCGAUGCACUCGCGUCGACCCGAGACUUUGAAGAUUGACAUCUCCAAGUAUGGGGGGUCGAAGAAGACUCCCUCUUGA